UUGAUGCGGCGGUUGGUUGUCUUCGGUCUGGACCAAUCACGGACCGCUUUACUGAACCAAACUAGCCAAUCGGCGCUGAGUUUAUUCCAGAGUGCCAGAUAGGCGCGCGCACGGACCAUCAGGAGACAGCAAAGCAGUCGCUGAGAUACGCUGUGUCUACUUUGGUCUGGAACCGAGCCGGUGAAGCAUGGCGGAAUUCCUUGAAGACCCGUCCGUCCUCACAAAGGACAAGCUGAAGAGCGAACUGCUCGCUAAUGAUGUCCGUCUUCCCAGCGGCGAGCACAGGAAGGAUGUUUAUGUCCAACUUUACCGCAAACACCUGACUGUACUGAACAAGAAACACUCUCCGGCAGAGACUUUCUCCAGCGACGACGAAAUAACACCAGUGAUCUCUAACAGAAGUCGAUCAGGAAAAAAAGCUACAAGAAAGACGGAUAAGAGUCGAAAAGAGGAGGUGGAUGUUUCCAGUCUGACUGACAGCGAGUUGAAGGGUCAGUUGCUGAAGUAUGGCAUCAAUCCUGGCCCUAUAGUCGCCACGACCCGUAAACUUUUUGAGAAGAGACUUCAAAAGCUAUUGGAUCAGCCUCCUGCAGAGAUCACGUCACCUGAACCUGAGACUGCAGUUCCAGAGACGGUACCUGUGAAGGCAGACGGCAGUCAGAAUGGCAACACGCACACGGUGGAAAAUCAGUACAGCGACAAGGAAGAAGAUGUUGAACCAGUGCCAGAGCCAGUUCCUGUAGCAGCAAAAUUUGUGAGAAGCCGAGGAAAAACACCAGUAACCACCAGGACAAGCAGCCGACACAGCAGUAAGGUAGAGGAGGCGACAGCAGCUGACGAGCAGUCAUUUUCUGUUGACAGAAGUGAUAUUUUAAAAGAAAUAUUCCCGAAUGAACCUUCUACACCCACAGGCAUUAGUGCCACCUGUCGGCGGCCUAUCCAUGGGGCAGCUGGGCGUCCAGCAAGGCUGCUUGACCUCUGGCCAGAGGAGUCUCUUCUGCAACAGCGUGUGUUCACAACCACCAAGUCAUCACUCACAUACAGUCACAGCACUCCAUCUCAUGCUCCAUCGUUCUGUCCACCAUCUGAGCUGCGUCCACGCCGUCGCUCCUUCUCCAUCUGGCUCAAACUGCUGGUGUUCCUCAUACUGGUGGCCUCACUUUACUAUGUCUUUCAGAAUGUGAGCAGUGAGCAGAUCGACUCGUGCAUGCUCUUCUUACAGGACAGGGUGGUCACGCCCCUCCUAACUGCGAUUGGUGUUAUUACCCAGGAAGAGAAUUCUGGGAACAAGUGAAUGCAUCUUCUGUCACUGGUUGCAUGAUCUGUCUUUAUUCUCAGACUUGAGCCACAUCCCCAUCUGAGAGAUUGGACGAUCAACAUAUUGGCAGGGUUUGUGCUUAUAAUUAUUGCAAUCCAACUUCUCAGUCAUGUCCAGCUGUGUGUUUUAAUUAGUCUUUAAACUGUGUGAACUGUAUUUUCAUCUUGCCUUUUGUUUUUACUGUUUUGUAGCAGGUUAUCCAGACAGGAAGAAAUAGUGAUUUUUAUUUUUUUUUGUAACCUUGUAUCAUGAUGAAACAAUUGCCUCUAUGUUUUCCUUUAGCGCUUUUAGACAUCAUUACAAAUCAGAUUUGUUUUAGAUAUCAACAAAAUGCUUUUCUAAAGGCCGUUGAUUGUGUUAAUCACAUGCAUUGUAGCUCAUCACGUGAGUUAAAAUAUUGGGGCAUGCUUAAAAGUACUAUUUUGUGUGCAGUGAAUUUUUAGUAAAGAUUACUGUAUGUACAUACAUUUUUUUCUGUGCUGGUUAAUUUUCAUUUGUUAGCAGGAUAGCAAAGAUGUCUUCUUUGGCAAUUAUAUCUUUGUUUCUGUCUGUUUGUAUAGUAGCAUGGAAAUGUGCCCAAACUAUUAGACUACCUGGUCAGUUAUGCAGUUCGCGUUUAGUGCCACUUGUGCUGGUUCUUCAUCAGACCUUCAUUCACAUCUCUACCCUCUCUGCUCUCCUCUCAGGCAAAAGACAUGCUUUUUUUUAUCAUCGAUGUAUGACUGGUUUUGUGUUAGGUGAUAACUCAUUAGGUAUGUUAUCUCUAUGUAUUGUGGAAGUAUACUUGUCAAAUGCUAAUAAGUCAUCGUAACACAAACUUAAACCACCCUGCCUGCAUUUUCCCCUUUCUGGGCAAACACUGGUUAUCAUCUAGGUGGAAUAUUUUCUCUGCUGCAGCUAAAAAAAAAAAAAUCAGAAGGUCACGUCUGUGUCUGUUUGACAAGCAUGAAGUAGUGUAGAACCUUUUAGUUCAAUACAUUUACAGUAAACUUUUGUUCUACAGAUUGCAAAAUUUUUUUUUGUAUUUUACUACUUGGUUUUUGAAAAUGUCUGCUUUUUAACUGCAAUAUUUUUCUAAUAUUUUUUUCUUCUAAAAACACCUUUUUAAAGACAGGUAAACAGUUCAUUGGAAUGGUAUGCAGCAAACAUUGAUGUUUAAACCUGCUGUGUGAAAGGCAGAAAGUGUUUUUAAAAAUGAACAUAAAUUUUGCACUUGGUCACAUGGCAGCUAAUAGGAUCUAAUGGUUAAUUGGAGCAUUUCAUUCUGGAUGAAGUGAAUGUCUAUCAUUGGUUAAAUACAAGAGUUGUGCGAAAUAAAAAAAAAAUAUGAAAGACAGCUGAACUGUUAUUUUA